AUGGCACACAUCAUUUCGUUCAGCUUCCUCCUUUUUAUUGUUCUCUCGAGCGUUAUUUCAGCUCCAACUAAAAAUUUCACUGCAUUUAAUCCUAUUGAUGAUGGCAUUCCCAAAACUUACCAUUAUCCUAGUUAUUCACAAGAAGAGAACGCUGCGGCCAAUUUCUAUCAACUUCCUGUUUUCUCAGCUGAUGUCUCCAAUCAAUUUGCAGUACUUCAACCGAACAAUUGCGAUAAUGUGGAAUUCUCAAAAAGCAACGAUAUCUUCUAUAUCUCUGAUUUAACGCCAUUACAGUCACAUACUAUUUCUGCUAACAAAGAUGUAGAAAGUUAUAAAUUUAGUCAGCCUGGGUGUUCUAUGAUCAAUACGCAGAACGUAAACGAACAUAUGAAACAUAUUUCAAAACACAAUGAACAAAAUGCAUAUCAAUGCGAUUGGCCUCAUUGUGGGAAAUCAUUCAGCAAUUCAAAGGACCUUUCUAAGCACAGUGAAGAACAUUCACUUAAACUUCAAUGCAAAGAUUGUGAUGCUUUAUUCACACAUCCGCGUUCACUGAUAAGGCACAAGAAUCGCACCUGUCCAUUUGACUGUAGGCGGGGAUAUAAAUGUCUUUUUCCCGAAUAUGCUGCCGGAAUGAUGAGGAAUGUGGAAGACAGUACAAAAAACAGGAGUCCUGAUUGCGAAAAAGAAUUUGAGAGUUUAUCAGAUUAUUGUGCACACUACAUAACGCAUCGACCUCAGUGCAGAAAUUGCGGUAAAUACCUCAAGACGCUGAAAGCACUGGAAUAUCACGUGAAAAAUUCCUGCAAGAGAUGUCCUACGACAAAAAGAAGUCCGAAGUUUGGACAUGCUUCUUUCGAUGCAGGAAAUGAUGAUAGUUCUGGUCAAAGUUCAGUAGUCCAACACAACCAGUCGUAUAUUGGACAUCAUUCAGCAAAUCUUGAUAUCUUCGACAAUUUCAAUUUGGCUCUAUCAGACACAGAUAUUGAAAUGUGUAACCGUGAAUGGGAAAAUAGUGAUAAGCGGGGAUAUAAAUGUCUUUUUCCCGAAUAUGCUACAGGAAUGAUGGAGAAUAUGGAAGAAACCACAACAAAUAGGAAUCCCGAUUGCGAAGAAAAUUUUGAGAGUUUAUCAGAUUAUUGUGCACACUACUUAACAAUUCGAUCUCAGUGCAAAGAAUGCGGUAAACACCUCAAGACGCUGAAAACACUGAAAUAUCGCGUGAGAAAUUUCUGCAAGAGAUGUCGUCAAGCAAAUAAAGAUUCGAAGUUUGGACAUGCUUCUUCCGAUACAAGAGAUGAUGGAUCUGGUCCAAGUUCAGUAAUCCAACAGUAUCAGUUGUCCAGUGGGGAUCUUUCAGCAAAUUAUGAUAUUCGACAACUUCGAUUUGGCUCUAUCAGUUGCACGAACUUUGAUAUCUUCGAUUUCGCUUUAUCAGACGCAGAUAUUGGAAUGUACAACCGUGAAUGGGAAAAUAAUGGUCUAAGAGAAGAAAAUUCGAUGUUUGAACAUGCUUCUUUCGACACAAGAAAAGAUGAUAGUUCUGGUCAAAGUUCAGUAAUCCAACAGGAUCAGUCGUACAGUGAGGAUCUAUCAGCAAACUUUGAUAUUUUCGACAACUUCGAUUUGGCUCAAUCAGACGCUGAUAGCCAAACUACUCCAUGUUAUCCAUUUCUUUUUGGCGUACUAGUAUAUCUAAAGAAUUCUUUUUCAAAUUUUGAUAUUUUCGACAGCUUCGAUUUGGCUCUAUCAGAUGCAGAUAUUGAAAUGUAUAAUCGCGAAUGGGAAAAUAAUUUUGAUAUCUUCGACAUCUUCGACUUGGCUCUAUCAAAUGAAGAUAUUGAAAUGUAUAACCAUGAAUGGGAAAAUAAUGGUGAAUUACAAAGAAUUUGUAAAAAAUUGUUUAGCGACUUUGCGCCCCAUCUUCCGUAG